AUGCUCGCGAGUCGCUACGAACUGCUGGAGAAGAUCGGCAACGGGGCCUUCGGAGAGGUCCAUCGGGCCAAGGACCUGCAGUCGGGCGAGGUUCGAGCUAUCAAGCGGCUUCGGGUGAAUGACGACGGCCAGCUCUCGGUCGUGCCGGCCGCCCAGUUCCAGGAGAUCGAGGCCAUGCGCCAGCUCCAGCAUCCCAAUAUCGUCAAGCUGCUGGAUGUCGUGUCGGACGGCAGCUACAUCGCUCUGGUGCUCGAGUACAUGUCCACCGACCUCCUCAGUGUUGUCCGUAAUCGACUGGAACCCCUCCACCCUGCCGAUGUCCGCGGUCUCCUGCGGAUGCUGCUACACGGCGUCGCUUGCUGUCACGAGCACAACAUUCUCCAUCGAGACCUGAAGCCCGGCAACUUGUUGCUGAGUGCCGACGGAGUGCUCAAACUCAGCGACUUCGGACUCGCUACCGUCUUCGUUGGGCGGGAAGGGCGCUCGUACUCGCACCAAGUGGCCACGCGCUGGUAUCGGGCGCCGGAGCUGCUAUUUGGCGCCAGACAUUACGACACCGCCGUGGACAUGUGGGCUGUCGGCACCAUCUUCGCCGAGUUGUUGCGGCCUACCCCGUUGUUCGCUGGCCAGAACGACAUUGACCAGAUCUUCCGAGUCGUGCAGGUGCUAGGAGACAUCGAGAAGCAGUGGCCGGGCGUGUGCGAGCUGCCCGACUUCAACAAGGUCUCCUUCCCACCCUAUGAUCCGAUGGCUCUCAGCAAGCUCUUCCCAGAUGCUCAGGCUUCUGCAGUGGAUCUGUUGUCCAAGCUCCUUGUGCUCGAUCCAAGCAAACGGCUAUCAGCUCGACAGGUGCCGUUACCUGUACACAAUUGUGGUCAUGAGCUUGCUAACGGGUGA